AUGUCUUCGUACGACCAAAAGAUCGAGGCCGAGACGGCUGUACCUCCGGAAGAUGCAACAACCCAUCUCAAUAACCCUGUCGCCACACCGGAGGAAGCUCAUGAAAGACCGGUGACUUCUUCAUCAGCAGACUCACAACACAACGACGAUGACCUGGAGAAACAACAACAACCCGACGAGGACAUGCCCAAAGCUGAGCAAGUCCAGAGCACAACAGAGUCCAUCUACCCAGGACAGGCACAAACGAUCGCUGUGGUCGUUUCUCUUAUGCUAGCAAUGUUUCUAGUCGCCCUCGACCGCACGAUCAUCGCAACCGCCAUCCCCAAAAUGACAGACGAGUUCCACUCACUCGACGACAUCGGCUGGUACGGCAGCGCAUUCAUGCUCACAUCCUGCUGUGCUCAACUGUUCAUCGGCCGCGUCUACACCUUCCACACCCCCAAGUACGUCUUCUUGAUCAACGUCGUGAUCUUCGAAAUUGGUUCUGCAGUGUGCGGUGCCGCACCAACUUCAGUCGCCUUCAUCGUCGGGCGCGCCAUUGCUGGGGUUGGCGCUGCUGGUAUAACUUCGGGGGCAAUCGUUUUGAUGGUCGAGACCAUUCCGUUAGCGAAGCGGCCGAAAUAUCAAGGCUUCUUUGGCGCGGUCUUUGGUAUCGCUUCUGUGAUUGGGCCACUGCUCGGCGGCGCCUUCACCACCAAAGUCUCAUGGCGUUGGUGCUUUUACAUCAAUCUCUGCUUCUUUCCUGUCGUCUCUGUGCCAGUCUGGUUCCUGUUGAAAGCCAAUAGCCCGAAACAGACUGGCUUGACCAUUCGCCAACAGCUGGCGCAGCUGGAUCUUCUCGGAGAAUUCUUCCUACUUCCGUCCAUCAUUUGCCUGCUACUGGGACUGCAGUGGGGAGGAAGUACUUACAGCUGGACUGACGGCCGCAUCAUUGCCCUCUUCAUCCUCUUCGGCGUACUCGCCAUCUGCUUCGUCGCUGUUCAGAUCCUCAAGCCAGAGACGGCGACAAUUCCAGCCCGCAUUAUCAAAAACCGGAGCAUCAUCGGCGGAAUGUGGUUCACUAUAACAAUUGCCUCAUCCAUGAUGCUGCUGAUCUACUACCUUCCCAUUUGGUUUCAGGCGAUUAAAGGAACAUCAGCAGUGCAAUCCGGCAUCGACACCAUCCCGCUCGUUCUUGCCCUCGUUCUGGGAGCGAUUACAUCCGGCCAGCUCACAAGUCGCAUCGGCUACUACACCCCGUGGAUGUAUACCUCAGCAGUGAUCAUGCCCAUCGGAACGGGCCUGAUGAUGACGCUCGACCUGAACACCAGCGAAGGGGUAUGGAUCGGACUCCAGAUCGUCGCAGGCUUCGGCAUUGGUGUUGGCAUGCAGCAAGCUUCCGUGGCAGCGCAGACCGUGCUGGAGAGAAAGGACGUUCCGAUGGGCGUAUCGAUCAUGUUCUUCUGCCAGAUGCUCGGCGGUGCCAUCAUGAUCUCCGCUGGACAGAACGUCUUCACCUCUAAGCUGGUCAGCGGCUUGACGAGCCUUACCAAUGGCCUGAGUCCAGGAGAGGUCGUCAACACCGGCGCCACAGAUCUGCGGGACGUUCUGCCUGUAGACGAGCUCCACGACGUCUUGGUGGUGUACAACUCAGCUCUGCGGCAGGUGUUCGUUGUGGCCACGGCUACUUCUGCUCUUGCACUGAUUGGUGCGUUGAUGAUGGAAUGGCGAAGCGUCAAGGGGAAGCAGGGAGCGAAACCGGCUGAAGAGAAGAAGAAGUCUGCUGAGAAGGCAUAG